UACUGUUUUUAAUGCAUUUAUUGCAGAAGGAGAUGGUGGAGUGUGUGAUGUGUGAAGGGAUUAAGAAAGAGAGAGAAAGAAGAAAGAAAGAGAGAGAGUAACGGUUGACCAUUAUGAAUGCUAUAAUUACAACUCAUCCAUCAUCUCUUAGUACUCUGUGGUUGCUUUUAUUAUUAGUAUUAAUUAAUUAAUUAAUUGAUUAAAUUUUAUUACUAGUAUAUUAGCAUAUCUCUUCCUUUCGAUCAUCCUUAAGCAUCCAAUACGUUUACCGACAUAUGCAAACUCUUUCUUCUUCUCCAGUUUUGGACUUUGAUCUCUGAAGAAUAGUGUAAUCAGACUAGUCUCUUUGGUUGAAAAUAGUCGAAGAACCACCUGCGACUGUUGACGAAAAUUUACCCAUGAAUCUCUACCUGGCUGCACCAUGAAAUUAGAAGGAAAAGUGGCUUUUCGGCAUUCAAAUAUUGGUCUUGAGCCUGAAUCUCAGUCGUUUGUGUUCAUCGACGAUCGAAUUUCUGAUGGAUACAAAUUACCAAGCCAGAAACUGAAGGAAUAUGAGAAUGAAAUGCCCGCAUUUCAAGAGAAAACUGAACAAGGUUUAGAUUCAUUACGAUAUGACAUGGAGUCAGUUGAUUGUGAAAGAAAUGAAUAUGAAGCAAAGGUAAAGGACUUGGUUGAGCCAGUAUCUCACUCUUCUAAGGAUGUAGAGUCAUUGUUGAAGUUUCCAAACGAUAUAGAAUCAGUUAAAAGGUCUCCUUCACCCAUCUCUAAUCCUAGAGAGGGAGAAGGGUCACCUAGGAAUUCUGUUGAUGUUUACAUGGUCAAAACUGUUACAGAAUUUGAACCACAUCCAGAAGUAUGUUUCAAUGAGAGUAAUUAUCAUGUUGUCAAGGAUAUAUGCAUCGAUGAAGGAGUCCUUAAGAAGGAUAAUGUGGUGUUUGUGAAUCCUGUCGACGAAAAGGCCCGCGAUUUCUUCCCUUUUGAGAGUUGUGAAACUAAAGAAAAACAGAAAGACAACACCAAUAUCAAUGUACUAAGCCUAACACCAACAGAGGAGUCUGAUAAGGUUUCUGCUAAUCAUAAUCAGCACAAGGAUUUGAUGCUCACUGAAGUUUCUGGCGAUGUCAACAAAGAGACACCUUCACUGGGAGACAAGGUUUUGUUGCAAGAUUUACUCACUGAGGACUCUGCAUCUUCUGAUGACAAGGGUGAACAGAUCUCCUCCCUAUUGGAAGAGUCCAAAAGUACAGACGAGGAAGCAAUGUUGAGUAGCCCUUCUUUGGCAGUGGCAGAUGAUGAAUCAAAGAAAGACAACAAGCCUCAAGAGAAUGCAACCUUCACUCGGCAAGUUGAUCCUUCAGCUCCUGCAGAUUGUGGUAAAGAAGAAUGCAGCCAAACUGGUACUUGUAGAUGUGCUGAAAUCCAUCAUACAACCAGGCCAAUAGAAUGGAAGAGCGAUGAUCAGGCUGUAACCAGCCUCAUUCGUCACAGCUUAGGUGAGUCAAGUUUCUCCGCCGUCGGUCCAGUGUCUGGUCGAAUAAGUUAUUCAGGGCCGGUACCUUACUCCGGCAGCAUCUCCCUUCGAUCGGAUAGCAGCACGACAAGCACACGAUCCUUUGCAUUUCCUAUAAUUCAAUCUGAAUGGAAUAGCAGCCCGGUUAGGAUGGUGAAGGCUGACCGGAGGCAUCACCGGAAGCAGCGGUGCUGCUGGACGGGUGGCUUUCUUUGCUGUAAAUUCUGAGAGAUUAGUUUCUAAAGAUUCUGAUAUAUGAUUAAAAUUCUAGCUGAGUUUCAUGCUUAUACAUGAUCACCCUAGCUGUUGAGUAGUGUGCGGUAGGUUUAGAAUGGCCAGCCAAUGCUCUGAAUGUUUGCAGGCAAACAAAGUAGUCUUUAGCUUAGUUUGCUUAUGCUUCUCUCCUUUUUUUAUCUUUUCCUAUACAUGGUUUCAUUGAUUUUUUUAUUUUAUUUCAAUUACAAACAAUGCGCAGUACAUAUUAGCUUUUCA